AUUUAAGGAUAUUUAUAGUACCACCCGUGUGAGAUUAAGGCUCACUUGUUAGAUUAAAUCAAAUCCACCCCCCCCAAAAAAAUAAAAUAAAUCAAAUCUAGUACUGUACGAGUAUUCCUGUCAAUUUCCUCUCCCUCGUGACUUGCGCGCAUGUGAUCUGUGUUGCCUGCUUUUUCGUUUGUUGUUUCUCUCUUCCCUUUCCUUCUCUCCUUCUCAUCCUUCAUCGAUUCUUUUCCUUUACCGUGGGUUGCUUAGAGAGCAGCUCUCCGCCAAUAUCCUAAUCCAUCUCUAUCGCAACCUCCACUUUUCCACUUUACGAUCAAAUAUCAUCGAUAUGGCCGAUCAGCAGAAGACAGCUGCGGCUGUCCCCGAAUCUCAGCCUCCCACUCAGACUCCAGAGACUACGAUCCAACCAGCCGCAAUCCCAGCUCCAGAGACUCCAGCAGAAUCGAAGCAGCCUACCGAGACUAGUCCGAGCGAUGCCAGCCUUACAACUGAGCAACCCACCACCCAACCUGCUGCAGAAGCGCCUAAGGAGGCCGCUGCGCCUGCUGAGUCGGCACCGGCUCAGGAACAGCAGGAAGAGGACAAGCCCGCGGACGAUAGGCCCGAGUAUCUGACCAAGAACCCGGCUUUGAGUGAGCUGUUCGAUCGUCUGCCCACCAUCCUCUCCACCACUGGUCAUGAUGAGAUGUGGGGUGUCCCACUCAAAGAUUUCAACGACGUUCCAACCGUCAACGUUCUGAUCAAGUUCCUUCGCGCCAAUGAGGGUAAUGUGAAGCUGGCAGAGGAUCAGCUGACCAAGGCGUUGCAGUGGCGCAAGCAGACAAACCCUACCGCGUUGGUAGAGAGCCGCUACAGCGCCAAGAAAUUUGGAGGAUUGGGAUACUUGAGCACCUACAAGGAUGCUGAUGGCAAGGAAACUGUUGUCACCUGGAACAUCUAUGGCGGCGUCAAGGAUUUGGCUACCACCUUUGGAAACGUGGAUGAGUUUAUUAAUUGGCGUGUUGCGCUCAUGGAGCUCGCUGUGAAAGACUUGAAGAUGGACCGAGCCACGUCCGUUAUUGACUAUGAGGGUGAGGAUCCUUAUCAGAUGAUCCAGGUUCAUGACUACUUGAACGUCAGCUUCUUGCGCAUGAAUCCCAGCGUCAAGGCCGCUACCAAGAAGACCAUUGAUGUGUUUUCCACGGCCUAUCCGGAGUUACUCCGCGAGAAGUUCUUUGUCAAUGUUCCCUCUAUCAUGGGCUGGAUGUUCGCUGCCAUCAAGGUCUUCCUGAGCAAGAACACCACUCGCAAGUUCCACCCUGUCUCCAACGGUGCCAACCUGGCACGGGAGUUCCCACCUGCCGUGAAGGAGCAGUUCCCCAAGGUAUAUGGUGGAAGCGGCUCUGCUCUGCAGGAGGGCGCCCGCACGGUGGUCCUCGAGGAGGACAACGAGCCGGCUCCUGCCCCCGCUGCUGCUGCGGAACCCACCGAGGCUGCUAAGACGGAACAAGAGGCGCCAAAGGAGGAAGCAACCCAGGAAGUCCCGAAAGACGAAGCCCCCAAGGAAGCUCCGGUGGAGGCCCCGAAAGAGGAGCCUAAGCAACUAGCCCCAGAAGAGCCAAAGACCGACGCGGCUGUUACGACUCAGGAGGCACCGGCCACGACUGAAGCUAAAUAGAUGCAACGAGUUGUUCUUUUAUCUGAUGCUUAGGUCUACGGAAGGUGCUUUGAUGGUCACGGUCACGGUCGGAUUAAUUAGCGGAAAAAUCAGUAGAAUGGUUUGCGAUGCUUGAUUUGUGUCUGAAAUUUUGAUACCUCGGAAAGUUUUGUGUUUAUGUUUACAAGAGCCUGUUUGCUUUGAAUCACAUAAUUAGAAUAGUAAUUUUUAAUCAUAGCCUAAGAGCAACAAAUAUUAUUGUUCUGUUAUUGAAGC